AUGCCCGAGAUCGCAGAAGUUGCGCGCGUUGUUAGCUUCUUGAAGAAACAUGCAGUCGGAAAAACUAUCGAGGCCGUCAAGGCACAGGAGGACAACAUCAUCUUUGGAAAGGUCGGCACUUCAGCGACCGCAUUCAAGGAGGCCAUGACCGGCAAGAAGAUAGUUGAUGCGCGCCAGCAAGGAAAAUACUUUUGGCUGGUCAUGGACUCGCCGCCACAUCCUUUGAUGCACCUUGGAAUGGCCGGCUGGAUGAAAUUCAGCAACGAUGAAUCAGCAUACUAUCGCCCAACAAAGCCCGAAGAAGCAGAAUGGCCACCAAAGUACUGGAAGUUCAUCUUGCAAUUGAAAGACUCCAAAAACGAAGUCGCGUUGGUGGAUGCAAGGCGACUUGCUCGUGUCAGAUUAGUCGAUGCUGCUGCCGAAGAUAUGAGGAAGACUACACCACUAAAAGAGAACGGGCCGGAUCCUGUCAUCGACAAAGACAUUUUGACAGUGGAUUGGCUGAGUAAGAAACUACGGAGCAAGAAGGUGCCUGUGAAAGCAUUGCUUCUUGAUCAAGCGAACAUCUCGGGUAUAGGAAACUGGGUUGGUGACGAGGUCAUGUACCAGGCUCGUCUACAUCCGGAGCAAUACAGCAACACCUUUAGCGACGAGCAGAUAAAACGGCUGCACGAUGCUAUCAUGUACGUCUGCGAUACCGCGGUAGAGGCCAACGGGGACUCAGAUGCCUUUCCCAAAGACUGGUUGAUGAAGCACAGGUGGGGCAAAGGCAAAAAGGAAGCACAGAAGCUCCCCACUGGAGAGAAGAUUACGUUCCUCAAGGUUGGUGGGCGAACUUCGGCUAUCGUACCAAGUGUCCAGAAGAAGACAGCAGCUGUUGCUGGUGACGUAUCUGAAAGCGCAGGUGAAGAGGAUGCAGAAGAGGAGGCGAAGCCUAAAAAGGGCGGCAAGAGGAAGGCAGAGCCUGUGGAGGGGGAAGACGACGAACCCAAGGAGGCACCAGCCAAGCCAAAGCGAGGGCGCAAGAGUGCGAAGGAGCAAGUCAAGGAAGAGAUUAAGGAAGAAUCGUCCAACGAAGCAGAAGAGGUCCCAGCCAAGGCCAAGCGAGGACGCAAGAAUGCCAAAGAGGAGGCGAAAGAUAAGACUGUCGAUGCUACGAAGGAGAAGCUACCAGCAAGAACGAAGCCUAGCAGCAAGAAGGCAAAAGCAGAUGUCAAAGAGGUCGACGAGGCAGUCGAUGAGGAAGCAGCUGAUGUAGCGGAGGACACGCAGCCAACGAAGAAACGCAAGACUGCUACGAACGGCACCGCAAAGAAGACCAAGGCUACCGCUAAAGAAGUGACCAAAGGCGAGGAGACGAGUGAAAAGCGGCGAUCUGGACGUCUGUCAAAGUAA